AUGGCAUCUGGGGCAAGUCUUAUCAUCGGCCUGAUUAUUGUCGUGCUCGCCUCCAUCGUCGCGUGGGUAUUUAGUCCUAAGGGUGAUAAUCAGACGCUCUGGCGAAGUACGCUUAUUCUCUCCUUCGUUUCGUGUUUUCUUAUGUGGGCGAUCAUCUUCAUGGCACAAUGGCAUCCUCUUAUCGCACCCAAGAGAUCGGAUAUCCGACCUGAUCGCGUACCGCAGUAA